GCAGGUCAGCUGUUUGGUUAGUUUACUGCCUCCAGUCAACCCACUGUUGGAGCCUUGUUAGCCCAUGGAAAAGUGGCUCCAUCUAAGCUUUCCUCCAACUAUCUAAAACCGAAACAGCUCAUGUUAGCUUGGUUGCAAGGCUCUGCGUUUUUUUUAGCUAGCUCCUGUGGAUUUGAUACGGCAGACAGUUUGGAGCAACCUGCUAGCCUAGCAGCUAAGUUAGCAAGAUACACUGGAAAGGAGUAAGGUUAAGACCAGUGUCAUCAAAACCAUGGCAGGUGGAAUUACAGAGACCGGGGAACCCUACUCCGCCUUUGUGGGGCUGGUGUAUAUGUUCAAUCUGAUUGUGGGAACCGGAGCUCUGACGAUGCCCAAAGCCUUUGCUACAGCCGGUUGGGUGGUCAGCUUAGCACUCAUCUCAUUUUUAGGAUUCAUGAGCUACAUGACCACCACUUUCGUGAUUGAGGCGAUGGCGGCGGCCAAUGCUCAGCUGCGCUGGAAGAGGAGAGAGCAGGAGGAGAUCGACGACAGCGACUCCACGUCUGAGUAUUCGGAUGAUGAUGUCAUGGGCCGAGGCCGAUCGGAGCCGGAGACGAAGCCCAUCUUGUCUGUUCAGAGAUCAGGAGGUCACACCGAUCAUUUCGACAUUGUGGAGCGGGUCGAGAUGGGUCAAAUGGCCUCCAUGUUCUUCAACAAAGUCGGCGUCAAUAUGUUCUACAUCUGCAUCAUAGUCUAUCUGUACGGGGACCUGGCCAUCUACGCAGCAGCUGUGCCUAUAUCGCUAAUGGAAGUUGCCUGUGGAAACCACUCCUGCAGCGCGGGAAGUGUGAAGUACAACGAUACAGACCCUUGCUGGGGCUCCGUCACAAGGAAAGAUGCGUACAGGGUGUUUCUGAGUGUGUUCACUGUUCUUUUGGGACCUUUUACCUUCUUCAGCGCUCAGAAGACCAAAUAUCUUCAGAUCCUCACCUCAUUCAUGCGCUGGAUCGCCUUCACCAUGAUGAUCAUCUUGGCUCUUAUCCGCAUUGGUAAAGGCACCGGUGAGGGCCACCCGCCAGUCGCCUCCCUCUCUGGAGUCCCCAACCUGUUCGGGGUGUGCGUCUACUCCUUCAUGUGCCAGCACUCCCUGCCCUCCCUGGUGACGCCCAUCUCCGAGAAGAAACGUGUCGGCACCCUGGUGCUGGCAGACUACAUCCUGAUCCUAGGCUUCUACGUCCUCCUCUCGUUCACCGCCAUCUUCUGCUUCGACAGCUCGCUGCUGCACGACAUGUACACCCUGAACUUCACGGACAACUGCGACGUGUUGGACAUCCCAGUGCUGCGCUACUUCUUAGGCCUGUUCCCAGUUUUCACCAUCAGCACCAACUUCCCCAUCAUCGCCGUCACGCUCCGCAACAACUGGAAGACCCUGUUCCACCGGGACGGAGGCACCUACCCGUGGGUGGUGGACCGCGUUGUGUUUCCCCUCAUUACCCUGGUGCCCCCCAUCGUGGUGGCCUUCUGCACCCACAACUUGGAGUCCCUGGUGGGUAUUACAGGAUCCUAUGCUGGCACAGGCAUCCAGUACAUUAUCCCGGCCUGCCUUGUUUAUUACGCAAGACGCCAUCUUGAGCCCGUGGUGGGCAGAGAUGCCAUCAACAAGCACCAGUCCCCCUUCCGCCAUGCCUUCUGGGUGUGGUUUGUUUUGCUGUGGGCCGCCUUCUGCCUCAUGUUUGUCACAGCCAACAUCAUCCUGACUGACACCAGGAAAUGAGAACUCACUGUUCCCAAAACUUUCUAAACAAAAAAAAUCUCUUAUCUGUUCGGCCGGUUUCUUUGUUCAUUGACACGAGGCCUUACUUGCUGCUGGUUGGACAGUGUGCCUUUUUUAUGGGACUUUUGUUGCAUAAACUAAACGUAAUUAAGAGUAAUUUAUCAAAUUUGUUAAAAGGGACCAAAUGUCAAGUGUUUAUGUUCCAUUAUAAAAGCUGGAACAGUGCAUGAAACUAUUGAAAGGGAAUUUAUUAAAAUGAUCUUUUGUAAACAAACACCUGACAGUCUGAGGUUUGCACUUACAGAACUUUCCCAAAAAAAACAAAAAGGGGGGUUCAAUACGCUUCAAAUGAACUGUUUCAUUCAAAGUGUUGUACGCACAUGUAUAAACUGUAUAAAGUUGGGAGGGUUGUCGGAUUGUCGGUUUUGGAAAGUCACAAAGAUUGUCGGACACAGGGACAGGGGGUGUCAGAUGCUAUCUUAGUAUGCCUCACUCAAAUCCCAAACUAUGGGGAAGUUAGAGUGUUGAGGUGGUGAAUGAUCCACUGGACCUUCAGGGCAGAUUGUUCCAAUAAAAAUAUAUUGAAGCGACUGAAAGAGUCGAGUAGCGACAAGAAAAAGCGACUGUCACACCUUGACUCGUGUCCUGCUUGGCAUCCACACAGCUUAAUAAUGAAAUUGGAACAGAAACCAACAGAAGAAGAAGAAAAAAAAAAACGAACAAAUCAGGGAUGAUCAGUCUUUCACGGCUGACGUGUAUCCAUUCCUCAGCGGCGGCCGCCUCCGAUCUCCUCGUCCCGCUUGUGAACGAUGAAGCUCCGUCCGUGACAGAUCCAGACAGAUGGGCCUCCAGGAAGAGCUCCAUCUCAGUUUAUCACCAGACGCUCUCGCACCUGUAGUUCACACACAGGGCAUGUCUCCCGUCUCUUACUGCUCAGCACCCAUUCAUGACUCUGUCAGGCUCAUAUCUGUAUCUAUCACACAGCCCAACACCUGACAGGAUAAUCGUGAUCUACAGUGCCCCAUGGCUGUGGGGAGUGCCAACAGUGGCCCAAAGUGAAGGGCCACCACUGGGCCAACUGUAACUACACAGCUUCAUACACUACACUCUGUACUAUAGCUCAAUAAUCCUGAUUUCACUGACACUUGGCAGCUUUCUCUCUUGAGUUGUGCCUGUUAAUGAACUCACUUACUCCCCUUACAUUUCCAUCUCGGACCCGUCUAAUGGUUCUGUCUCUGCUUUUCACAGUUCGUACAAAAAAAAAAAAAAAAAAACAUUUUUUCCUCUUCAUUUUUAGUGGAUUUGUUUUGCAGAUUUUUAGGUGAAUGAAAUGUACAAUGGAGGUGCUCUAAGUACAACUAGCUGUGGGCUGUUUUCUUAGGGAUUAUUUAUUCAGGAGAAAGUAGCGCCACUGCGAACUGUAGGUAGUGCGUUCUGUGGAUUGUCAAGGACACUUUCUGGAAAGAUAUGUUGCUUUUUUUUCAUUUUUAAAUGUCAUUUUUCAAAUGUGUGUGCACCACCUAUGAUAUUCCAUCCACCUCCAUGGUGACGGGAGAAAUCUCAGAGGCAGAUGUCACCGUGUGAAUUGACCCUUUGCACUUUACGUUCGCUUAUAGUGUUCAGGGUACCACGGGACUUUAGCAGUGUAGGAGACCGGAGCUGGAUGAUGUGUUGAUUCAUACCAAGUCCACUGUUUAACAAAUGCCGUGUUUGAAAUCACUCACCAUUUGCUACUACAGUGUAAAUAGUGUAUAUGUGUGAAUUCCUCCAUUCUUCACCUGUGAUGGAUGUUUUACUCAUGUGACCUGUCAGUUUUUAUUAUGUAGGAAACAGUGAGUGAGUGAACGAGGAGUUUCAAACACAGCUGCAGCUUUAACUCGGUGCUCAGUGGAUAAAUACGUCAAACGGUAACCAUAGCAACAGACCUUGAAAGUGCACAAACAAACUAGAAACACUUAAAAAAAAAAAAAAAAAUAUGGAUGAUUUUUACUUCUGUAAUUGUCCGUGGUUAUAAGCAUGAUAAUACACUCAAAGAUGUUCUGUUAUAGAACCUGAUGGACACCAACCAGACACUUUGUCCAUUAUUAUUGCUUACAUGAUGUCAUGAUAUGAGAGACUACAAAUCAUCUGGGAUCUUGAUUAGUGAAAUGUUGUUCUUAACAGCUGCUUCAUGAUUACGUGACAAAGUAAUUUGACUGUCGACACAACCUGUUCGGUCAACAAAUCCAUAGCACAAACAGCUUUUUAAUGUUUUUGUUGGGUUUUUUUCUUCUUCUCCUACAUGCGCACCCUCCGGAAAACAUAAAUAGUCAUAAAAAAUCUUAUUAUAUCAUUAUUCAUAGAGACUUCUUCCUGGCACAUACCCCAGCUGUUGUAGCCCUGGUGCACUGUUGAAGGCUGUAGAGGUGUCUCCGGUCGCGGUGCUGCAGAGACAAACGUCAUCAACGUCACCAAACUGCAGUGAGAAUCUGCAUCUCAGCAGCAGAUCCUCAUCAUUUAGAGAUGAUCGGUAAACACUGCUGGUUGUCACACACAGCUGUCUGUCUCCGUCAGCUUUUGUCUAAUCUGGGUGGUCAUGGACGAGGAGUCUGUAAGAGUCUCUGCAUGCAGAAACACACAAAGCAUCGUUGUUAUCCGUCAUUUAUAUGUUUACGUUCUCACUUGUUGUGCUGUUCGGUUUUCAUCCUCCCAGAUCCAGAUGUUACAGGUGUUUUUUUUUUGUUUUGUUUAGUUUUUUUCCUUCUUCACCUGAAGAUGGAACAUUUAAAUGAAAACAUUUUCUUUGAUACAGUAGAUAUUUAUAAUUUCAUCAGCUGGAGGCAAAUACAAGAUUGUGCGAGAGUGCGUGAGUGAGUGAACAAUCAGAUGUUGAAUAUGUUGAAUGUGGUUUCGAUGACUCUUGUUUGGAGUUGUGAAAUGUGCCUUUUUUUUUUUUCAGGGUUAUUUUCUCGCCCUAAACUUAUCGACUGUUUUUGUCGUCCGUUGAAAAGCAGCUUGCCAUUUCAUUUAGCUGACAAUCAGUGUGUCCCCAAAAUACAUCCUCAUCCUUUCUUUUCUUGUCUUCUCUGUAAUUUCAGUUCUUUUUUUUCUGUUACAUGAAUUUUCCAUAAGUUCAGUGUGUUUCUGAGAAUUGUGUUGGUUUGUCUUUCUAGAUCCAUGUUUCUGGUGUUUGUUUACAAUCAUUUGGCCAGCCUGUGAUAUGGAUGUUUACUGGUUCAAUGUUUGAUUUUUAUGAUUCACAAAAAAAAUAAAUGCUUUAUGUUCAUCUGAA